UUUUUUACAACACGCCGAAUUUUAUUGCCUUUAGUGGCUGCAUUUUUUGGCUGGCUGGAGCAACCGGAUUUAGACUGAAUCACCCAUCCGCCCACCGGGAGACCACACUAUGAGCGCCAGCGAGGAAUUCCAGAGCUGGCUCAACGAGCAGCUGCGCCAGCUGAACACAGACGAGGGCGUCUUUGGCUCCUACAUUGUGGGCAUACUCGAUGGCGAGGAGUCGGAAGAGGAGAAGGCCGAGGCGCUCGAGGGAAUUCUCAGCGAAACCGGAUCUGCCAACAUUGAUGAGCUGGUGGCCACCAUAAUGCAGAAAUGGUUGCACAGCCAUCCCAGUACCGAUGAGCCGCCCAAGAAGGGCCUGGACAUUGAUGUGAACGGCCAGCUGGCCAAGCUGCUGGCCCAACAGAAGCUGCAACAACCCGCCGUCAAAGAGCGCGAAUACACCGAAGAGGAGCGCCGCAUCAAGCAGCAGAUUCUGGCGCAGUAUUCAGAGACUGCUGUGCCUGGAGAUGACGAUGAGCACUCGGAGCCGGAGAGCGAUGAUGACAGCGGCGCUGUGGCACGCAACACAAACAAGUCCGAUGUGCAGGCCUUGGCCAAGGAGAAGCGGGAACAGGCGCGCCAGGACAGUGCGGCCAAGAAACUGAAGGACAAGGAGGAUCGCGAGAAGCAGAAGCAGCUGCGCGAGGAGAAGAAAGAGAAGCGCAAGACCGUCAAGGGUGAGCGCCGUCGGUAGCGCGCCCACAAAUAUAUCCUCGAAAUCAGGAGAAAGAGAGGGGGGCGCACGAGACAACCCCCGCCUAGAUACUACACAUAUAUCUGAUAUAUCCUGUAAAUUAUAUACACACUAUCCUUUGACUUAUGA